AUGCCCUUCACAGCUUCCGACAUCUGCAAGAUCCUUCUGGCCAUCGUCCUCCCACCGCUUGGGGUGUUUCUCGAACGAGGCUGCGUUGCCGACUUUUGGAUCAACAUUUUGCUCACCAUCCUAGGUUACAUUCCCGGUAUCAUCCAUGCCCUUUACAUCAUUCUCAAGUAUUAA